AUGACCCGCUCGCACGCCACACCAUCGACACGCCCCCGCCUCAGCUCGGAUCACCGGGACUCGGUCCUGAUGGAGUCGCUGGGCGCGCACGCCGCGAGAAUCGGGAUGGUCGGCUACGAAUCGACUGAGUCGUGGCUCAGCGGGAUCUGUGAGCGCUUCCACGCGAGCUUCGAUCGGCGGGCCCGGUGCACCGCCGCGCUCUUCCUGCAGGAGCCGAGCACCGAGGCGUUCUCGCUCGCGGCGCUCGAUUGCUCGGAGGGUUACGGGGCUUCGUACGAAGGCUUCCUCGACGAGCGUCUCACGUCCGGAACCACCGAGGGCCUGUUCCUCGGGACCCCGGGCUUCGACUCGAUCGGCAACACCCCGACCGUGCGCCUCCGCACCGACCUGCUCACGGACACGCGAUGGCGGAACUCUCCACUCUUCGGCGAGCGCACGCGUCGAUCGCUCCACGACUUCGCCUGGAUGUGCGUACGGCCCGACGCGGCACAACCGGGGGCGGUGCUCGUCGUCGAGCUCGACGGCGCCCGGCUCGAUUGGCGACCCGACGAAGACGUCCGCUUCUCGCUUCGCGUGCUCGGCGCCGCGACCCGUGCCGCGUACGUCCACGGCCCGCACCGCCUGUCCGAGCGGCGCGAGCGUCUGCUCGGGAAGCUGAGCGAGCUCCGCCAGAAGAUCGCGCGUCGCAUCGCGCUUGGCGAGAGCGAGGCGCAGAUCGCCGAGCGGUUCGAUCGCUCGCGCCACACGAUCCGCGAUCACACCCGCGCUAUUUAUAAGAGUUGGGACGUGUCCACACGCACCGAGCUGCGUGAGUUGUGGCUCGGCCGGCGCGAACCGAGCGACUCGAUCGUGCGAUAA